AUGAUUAAUUUAAACAAUAUGGCAUUCACAUUCGUAGCUUUUGCUUAUAUCUUAGCUUUAAUUUUGACAGCCCUAUUGAUAUUUUUCGCAAUUUGGCAUAUCAUCGCUUUUGAUGAAUUAAAAAAUGAUCAUAAAAAUCCGAUCGAUCAAUGUAAUUCAUUAAAUCCAUUAGUUCUACCAGAAUAUAUCAUACAUGGAUUUAUUAAUCUUCUAUUUUUAUUUGGCUUUGAAUGGAUAUCAAUUAUAAUCAAUGUUCCAUUAUUAGCAUAUCACAUAAAUCGUUUUCGUACUCGACCAGUACGAGAUGGACUUGGACUAUAUGAUCCAACAACAAUAAUGAAUCAACAUGAACUUUCAACAGCAACAAGAGAAGGAUGGAUUAAACUUGGCUUUUAUAUGAUUACAUUUUUCUAUUAUUUAUAUUGGUAUUAUAUGAGUGCAGCAUAUUUUUUGAGAUUAUCUUCCCAACCGAUCAUCUUCGAACCAAUUUCGUCUGCUACGAGUGUAUUUUAUGAUAAAGACAAUCAACAACUUUUUGCUGUUCGUGGUUCUGGUGCUAUGGGUGUUACCAUGAAAGAUCGAAAUCAGUCGUAUACAUUUCGUCUUGAAGAUAAAGGUGCAAUACAAUCAAUUAAAUUUAAUCCUGAUCUAUCAGUUCUUGCCAUUAAACGUAGUUCAAAUUCUGUAGAAUUUCUUAAUUUUCAACCACCUCCAGCAUCAUCACCAACAACUAUUUUAAAAUUACCAAAUGUUAUUAGUUUACAAUCAGAUUCUAUUGAAUAUUCACAAAUAUCAAAAUCUAAAAAUUCAAAAUUAUACGAUUUUAAUUGGUUAAAUGAAAAAGAAAUAUUAUUUGUUACAGAUCAAUCUGUUGAAUAUUAUCAAUUAUUAGCUGAAAAACGAAUAUUAAGACAAAUGAAAACAUUUCAAUUUCCAAAUACAAAUUGGCAAUUAUUUUCACGAGAUAUUGGAUUAUUAUUAAUAUCACACGGUUUACAAUCGGGAAAUUCAUUUACACCAUUGAGUUAUGCACGUAAUCAACUAUUUAAAUUACCAAAAUUUGAAGUUGAUCUUCCACAAAGUAUACAACAACAACAGCAACAACGAUCAAAUUCAAUAACAUCACAACAAACUAAUUUAAGACGUAUUGAAUUAACUGAACGUGAUUGUGCUCUAGCUGUAUUAUAUGAUAAAGUUUAUUUAUUAGUAAUUCGACAAGUUACCAGAGUACCUGGUCAAGGUUCACUUGAAGUUGUUCUUUAUCAAAUUGAAGAAGAUCGACCAGCACAAAAACGUCAUAUAUUACGUUUAAAUUUACAUGGUCGUUGUGCAUUAAAUGUUAUUGAUAAUUUAAUAUUUUUACAUCAUCAAACAACAAAACAAACAUAUGUCUAUGAUAUUGAAGAAAAAUCAACAUCUGAAAAUGAUGGAUUUCAAACAAUUCAUUUACCCAUAUUAAAUCAAUUAUCAAUACAACCUCAAAUAAUUGAUCGACAAUUACUUUCACCAUCAGUAUUAUCUCAACAAACUUCAUCACCUUUAUCAUCACAACAAAAUAUUGAACUUUAUUCAUCAAAUUGGAUUGUAUUUUUACCUAAUGUUAUUAUCGAUGUUAAACUCGGUUGUUUAUGGUAUUUAACAAUUAAUUUAGAUGCUUUACUCGAUAUUGUUAAAGAACGUAUAUUAUUAUUAGAAAUUCUAUUACGUCGAACAAAUGGUAAAUCUUCAAUAUUAAUGUUAUUAUAUACAUUAUUAACAAGUGUAAUAGCACCUGUACAAAUAGAUUCUACACUAUGGACUGGUGAACAAACAGCAGCUGGAAUAUUUGAUUUAUGGUUAGAUAUGAUUCAUCGUAUUAAUAAUGUUUAUAUUGAAAUUACUACAUCAACACCAUCAUUAACAAAUCGUCCAUUACUUGAACAAACUGAUGUAUUUACUGUUUUAUGUUUAUUUGAAACAAUUGUUCCCACAUCUACAAGUACAACACAUUCAUUAACUAUUAAUCGUUCAUCAUCAAUUAAUUCAACUGAUGAUGAUUCACUUACAUCAACAACAACAACAACAACAACAACAACAACACAAUGUUUAAAUAAAAAACUUAAAUUUGCCAUAGCUAUUGUUCUUGAAUAUAUUCGUUCAUUAAAUAAUUUCAAUAUACCUAUACAACAUUUUCUAUAUGAUUUAUUAGUCAAUUUAUUAAUUAAAAAUAAACAUUUUUAUCAACUUCAACAACUUAUUCAAUAUCAUGUAUUAUCUGAUAGUAAAUCUAUAGCAUGUUUACUAUUAUCAUUAUCAAGUAAACAUCAACCAACAACUCAAAUAGCAUUAGAUAUGUUAAAACGUUUAAAUACGGCUAAUGAAGAAAUAUUAGAAAUUUUAUUAGAAUUAAAUUUAAUUAUACCAGCAUUACAUUUUAGUGUUGAACAUUUACCAAUUAAUUUUCAAUUAGCUCGUAAAUUAAUGGAUGCAGCAAUUAAAGCUGAUGAAUUAUUAUCAAAUAAUGCAUCAAAUCAAAAUAUAUUAUUUUAUACGGUUUAUACAUAUUUUGAUGAUUAUUUUCAACAACAAAAACAAGGACCAUCAUCAACUAUUACAUCACCUCAAUCAACACCAACAAUUGGAAAUUCUCGAAAUAAUGAACUUGAUUUUUUUACAACAUUUUUUAAUCAACAGUUUCAACCAAAAGAAUCAGAUUUUAGUAAUAUUCAAUGA